AUGAUUAAGUUGAAGCUCUCGGUUUAUGAAUCACCAUUGACGAUGAGAAAUCUUUUGCAAAAUAUGCCUAAUUUACGUUACUUAACAGUCGAGACUGAUGAUAUUAAUGUAAAUGGACAUCAAUGGAAACAAAUCAUUAUUGAGUAUUUGCCGAAGCUCACGGUAUUUCGACUUAAAAUGUUAUUUCGACUUAAUGACAAUGAUAACAAGGAACAACGAGUCGAUGAACUACUCGACUCAUUUCGGACUCCAUUUUGGCUUGAGGAACGUCAGUGGUUUAUUCGGUGUGAUUGGAAUCGAUGUCAGCAAUGUGACAAAAACAACAUUCAUCUCUAUACACUCCCCUAUGCCUUCCUCUAUUAUUAUUUUCACGAGUCAGACUUCAAGUCGAAAUCCACUUGCCGUCACCAUGAUGACUAUCUAUCGUACAAUCAUGUAAACACCAUAGGCUAUGAGCUUAUUCCACUCAGCAACCAAGUAUUGUCUCACUUUAGCUUCUCGAACCUACAGAAUCUUGACCUCUGUCUUCCUGUCGAUGAUAAUUUUUGGUCUGUCGUUCCAAGAUUCGAUCAAUUGAUCUCACUCAAGGUAGCACCGUAUCAUGGUGAUAAUGAUUUGGAUUCCCAAUCUCAGUUGCAAGCCUUGCUCGAUCGAGCACCUUGUCUCUAUUCGUUGAGAUUCGCUUCCUGGCCAUCAUCGUCUACACAGAUGCCACCGUUUGAAUAUUCGAAUAAGUCGGUUCGUCGACUUCAUUUACAAGAUGUUGAUCGAUGCUACGAUAGUCAACAAUGUGCUAAAUUGAGUCGUUCACCAUUGGGCAUUCAGUGUGAAGUACUUUCAAUCACAGUCGAUAAUCGAAAAAAUGUCAUUGAUCUUAUAAACACGAUGACUAAUCUUCGAGCGUUGAAUGUGGUAUGCCGAGAUGAUACGUGGAAGGAGGACGACAAUAAUCAAUCCUCAUCAACAGAAGACGAACUUAUCGAGUGGUUGCAACAUUGCUUGCCCUCGACAUGCACAAUCACAAGAAACGAUGAUAAUAUCUAUAACAGUCGAUUUAUUCGCUCUAGGUCUGUUCGAUUGUGGAUCCGUUAA